AUGCAGGCUGCAGACCCGACACAGUACAACACCGGCGAGGUGUCUGUGCGAACGAGCAGCGGGCAGGUGCGUGUGCGGAAGGGUCAAACGGACGAGGAGUUUGCCGCGGAGAGCGACCGUUUCCGCAAAGAGGGCCCGGUUAUCAGCGAGUUUGACACCUUCACCAACGCACAGUUCCAGGACGUGAACUUAUGUGCGAUCGAUAACGUCACCCAGAGCCAGAUCACGCACCGUCUCGAGCGACGGUACUUUCUGGGCAGUUUCCAAGAGUGUCUGGACGAAACCACGCGGCUUCUGGACAAGUUGGAACCAACCUGCGAAGGGAAGCAGGAAUCCAAGAAAUAUAACAAGCUCCUCAAGUAUCUCACCGGGUUCCAGGAAAAAUGUAUAGAGAGGUUGGCCAGAGGGUUGACUGUUAACGAUAAUAAGUAA